CUGUAUCCAAUUGGCAUUUUGACGUUGCCAUCGGGCAGUCUUUUACGUCGCUCCUGUACCACAAUGAACGUUGCAAAGCUCACGACGGGCCUGCCCCGGCAGUGCUUCAGGACAGCUCCAUGCCGCAUUGUCCGAGGCAUGGUCGCCGCUCGGUCCGUGACGACGGGAGCCGCAGCAUCCAGCACUCCCAGCGGCAGCGGCGACUUUGACUUUGACUUGUUCACCAUUGGAGCGGGCAGCGGUGGAGUGCGUGGCUCGCGGUUCGCCGCAUCUUACGGCGCCAAGGUGGCGGUCUGCGAGCUGCCGUUCGACUACGUCUCCUCCGAGCGGGCGGGCGGUGUGGGCGGCACCUGCGUGCUGCGCGGCUGCGUGCCCAAGAAGCUGAUGGUGUAUGCGGCGCAGUACGCGGAGGAGUUCAAGGCGGCGGAGGGGUUCGGUUGGACCCUUCCUGCGGGUGCCGUACAACACAGCUGGACCUCCUUCAUUGAGGCCAAGCGCAAGGAGCUGCAGCGCCUCAACAACGCCUAUAAGAACACACUGAACAACGCCAAGGUGACGCUCAUCGAGGGACGCGGCAGGCUGGUGGACCCGCACACCGUGGAGGUUGACGGCCGGCGCUACCGCGCGCGAAACAUCCUGAUCGCGGUGGGCGGUCGCGCCAGCCGACUGGACAUCCCCGGAGCUGAGCUGUGCAUCACCAGUGACGAGGCGCUGGAGCUGCAGGAGUGCCCAAAGAAGAUCGCGGUGCUGGGCGGCGGCUACAUCGCAGUGGAGUUCAGCGGAAUCUUCGGGCGGCUGGGCGCGGAGGUGCACACCUGCUACCGGCAGCCGCUGCCGCUGAGGGGAUUUGAUGGGGAGGUUCGCAAGUUCGCGGCGGAUCAGUACACCGCAGCGGGCCUCCACCUGCACCCGGGGGUCACCCCCGUAAAGGUGGUACGGCAGGAUGACGGGCGGUUGACACUAACGGUGCAGCACGGCGGACCCACGGGUCACACGGAGGAGCUGCGGGACCUGGACCAGGUGCUCAUGGCCACGGGUCGCGUCCCCAACACCUCCGGCCUGGGUCUAUCCGAGGCGGGUGUGGCGCUGGGCCCGCGGGGGCAGGUGCGGGUGGACGAGUUCUGUCGUACCGCAGUACCCUCCAUCUGGGCGGUGGGGGACGUCAUCGACCGCAUCCAGCUGACCCCGGUUGCCCUGAUGGAGGGGAUGGCGGUGGCCAAGUCCAUCGCCCUCAACCAGCCCUCCCAGCCCGACUACUGGGCCGUGCCCUCCGCCGUCUUCUCGCACCCCGAGAUCGCAAGUGUGGGUUACACGGAGGAGGCGGCUGCUGAGGUGUACGGCGACCUGGACAUUUACAGCACCUCCUUCCGACCCAUGAAGAACACCAUCAGCGGCAGCCCGCUGAGGACAUUCAUGAAGAUCGUGGUGGACGCGGCGAGCCAGAAGGUGGUGGGCAUGCACAUGGUGGGCGCGGAGGCGGCGGAGAUCAUGCAGGGUUUCGCGGUCGCUGUGAAGCUGGGUGCCACCAAGGCCCAGAUGGACAGUGUGGUGGGGAUCCACCCCAGUGCGGCGGAGGAGUUCGUGACCAUGCGCUCGGUAACUCGCAAGGUGCGCAAGCCUGAGCCCGCUGCCGCCUCGUGAGAAAGUGGGGAGGUCUGGGAAUGUGGGACAGGAGGG